AGCAUUCCCAAGGGGCCAAAUCAUAAACCACUCAUGACCUAAUCACCACAUCUUUUUCUCCCCCUCUCAUCACUACACCCCAGGCUCCGGCUCCAAGCCUCUCCUUUCCCCCUCUUGUCACUCACGCACACUCCUUUUCACCGCUGCUGCCACCUUGCUCAAAUCCACCACUGCACCCCAACACCUCUCUCUUUCUCAGUGACUGUUCCACUGUCCCCGCUGCCUUUUUUGCCACAUAUCCUUUUCGAUCUCCCCCUCUCCUCUAGCUCUCUUCUUUCCUCUUCUUCUUCCUCGAUCACCUAGAAGUAACCACCACCGCUCUAGCUAUAACUCAUCCUCUUCCACGUCUGUCAAGAAUCAUAUGCAGUGAUCGUUUGAUUCGGAGAGUAGUAGCAAGAUUGACCCGGUCGUGGCUACCUUUAAUUUGUAGUCUUCCAUUUGAUCGUUGAACUGUAACUUCAGCUAGUCCCCCCCACAGUUUCGUCUUGCAAUGUUGCAAAGGAGCCUGCCAAAUCUCUCCCUCCGGAUAAGUCCGCCGGCCGUCUCGUCGGCGAUGACGUCCUUAUCUGACCCGCCCGCGACCGCCGCGAAGCCACCGCAGCUGGCGGAACCAAACGCAGAAGGAAGCGGCGAGGUGGGGUUCUUUGCAAACCCUAGCCCCGGCUCCGGCUCCGGCGCCGAGCCCCCGGGCCUGAGCCUGGGGCUCGGGACGACGUCUUCCACGGUGCCCGCCGACGCAGGCGGCCGCCAUGGCCACCACUUGCAGGGGGCGUCUUUCAAGCGCGCGGGCGCGGCCAGGGCGGGCGGCAGCUCGAAGAGGAGCGUCCGGGCGCCGCGGAUGCGGUGGACCACGGCGCUCCACGCGCGCUUCAUGCACGCCGUGCAGCUCCUCGGAGGCCAUGAGAGAGCGACGCCCAAGUCGGUGCUGGAGCUGAUGAACGUCAAGGAUCUGACGCUGGCGCACGUCAAGAGCCACCUGCAGAUGUAUAGGACAGUGAAGGGCACAGACAGAUCGCCGCCCAUCGCCACAGGCGAGGCGCAGCUUCAGCAGCAGCAGCAGAGGACGGCGACAGGAAUUGAGAUGGCUAUGGACGCAGCAGGAGGAGGAGGAGGAGGAAGAGGAGGAGGUGGUGGGGUGGCAGCAGCGAUACUGCCGUGUGACAUCGACAUGGCUGCUGGGAUGAUCUGCAGCGUACUGCCUGGAGCAGCGGCCUCUGCGCCGCCUGCCGCGACGACUAGUUCAGCUGCUCGUUUCCUCUGUGCGUCAGCAGCUGCUCCACUGGCGGCACUCGUACCAUCGCCUCCUCCUCCACCGAUCAUCCCCCCGAGGAGGACUGACCUCGCACCAGGGGUACUCGAAAAGGGCGUUGUGAUUGUUGAUUCAUUGCACCGGUGUCAGAAACUUAAUUUCUCUGCAGUGCUUCAAGAUACUCAGGCAGUUCGAGAAGAGGUAACCUGUCGCCUGCCGAUGGGCGUACAUGGGAGCAUUGAGGCGAUCUCUACGAGCCCUCCAAGCUCAUCUCCAUCCCUCGCAAGUUUCGAAUUGCUUGCGGACGACACUUGUGCACCGAACCUGGACAUCUCGCUUGGCAGGCAUGAUUGGGGCAUGGAGCAUCCAGAAGAAGUGAGCCUGAAAUACCUGUUACAAAAGGAUUAGUUGAUCUUCUUCUUCUUCUUUAUUUAUUUUUCGGUUUUCACUCAACUAACCAUUGAUCAAUCGCUGUGACGACUGAAUGUGGUCAGUAUGUUCAGUAAGCGUGGGUUUGAUGUUUGGCCUGAAACGGUGAUACAAAAUCAAGUGGGUUGCCCGGCUUUUCUAAUUGUGGUUGCUUUCA